AUGGUGGUCAUCAACUCAAAUAUGGCGGCCACCAACUCAAAGAUGGCGGCCACCAACUCAAAGAUGGUGAUCAACAACUCAAAGAUGGACUUUUUAGGUCUCGGAUCCCAAUCCUGGGAACCCCCAGGAACGACGUUGACUUCCAACGCCGCGUUGUCGCUUUCUCCUCUUCCCUCCCCAGCCCUCCUCCAAAUCCUCCUUCUGGUGGGUCUCCUGAGCGCCAAACGCUUCUCGUCCUUCCCCGACUAUUGUCUCCACGACCAGGACUACGAGGAUCUCCUGAAGAUCGUCCAGGAGGGGCUGGAGCCCGCGGCUCGCCCGGCGCGCGUGGCCGUGGUGGGCGCGGGCGUCGCGGGGCUGACGGCGGCCAAACUUCUCCGGGACGCCGGGCACGAGGUUAUCAUCCUGGAAAGGAGCAGCUGGGUCGGGGGGCGGAUCCGGACGUACCGGCCCGAGGGGCAGGAUUGGUACGUGGAGUUGGGACCGAUGCGCCUGCCAGGAAAGCACAGGCUCGUCCGUGAAUUCAUCCGCCAGUUCAAGUUGAAGUUGAAUCCGUUCAUCCAGAGGGACGAGAACUCCUGGUUCUUCCUGAGGGGCGUUCGGGUCAGGGCCGGGGAGGUGGAGAGGAACCCCGACGUCCUGAAUUACACCGUGAAACCGUCGGAACGCGGCAAAAACGGCGUCCAACUCUACCGGGAGGUCCUCAACAAGGCUUUGAAAAAGUUCCAGAGCACGGAUUGCAAGAAGUUUCUGGCUGAACAUGACUCCUACUCCACCAAGGAAUAUUUGAUCAAGGUGGGGGAGCUGAGCCGAGGAGCCGUCGACAUGAUCGGCGACGUGCUGAACGAGGACUCGGGGUUCUACCUGUCCUUCCUGGCCUCGCUGUGGGACUUCGACAUCUUCUCGAACGACAGUUUUGACGAAAUCACCGGAGGCUUUGACCAACUGCCCAGAGCCUUCCACAAGGCGCUGCCCAACGUUGUCCGCUUCAACUGCACCGUGGAGAAGAUCAUGACCAAGGACAACAAAGUCCGAGUGUUCUACCGCGCUCCGGACACGCUGGCCCCGACCGUCCUCACCGCGGAUUUUGUGCUGGUCACCUCCAGCGCCAAAGCCACCCGGCACAUCCGGUUCCUCCCGCCGCUGUCCCCCGCCAAAGCCCACGCCCUGCGCUCCAUCUACUACGCCAGCGCCUCCAAAAUCAUCUUGGUGUGCUCCGAGAAGUUCUGGGAGAAGGACGGGAUCCGCGGCGGCUACUCGGUCACCGACCGGCCCUCCCGCUUCAUCUACUACCCCAGCCACAACUUCUCCAGCGGGGUGGGCGUCCUCCUGGCUUCCUACACCUGGAACAGCGACGCCGAGUUCUUCCUGCCGCUCUCCGACGAGAAGUGCCUGGACGUGGUGCUCCAAGACCUGGCGGACAUCCACCAGGUGAGCAAGGAGUACCUGCAGUACACCUGCGACCAGCACCUCGUCCAAAAGUGGCAGCUGGACCGGCACUCGCUGGGCGCCUUCGCCCACUUCACCCCGUUCCAAUUCGUGGAUUACUCGCGGGUUUUGUUCGCCCACGAGGGCCGGGUCCACUUCGCCGGGGAGCACGCGGCGCAGCCGCACGCCUGGAUCGACACCGCCGUCAAAUCGGCCGUCAGGGCCGCCAGCAACAUCCACCACGAGAGCGCCGAAGCGCCCGGACGGGGCUUCGGGAGAGUCGGGCAGAGGGAAGAGCUCUGAGCGCGGCCCAGACGGAUUUGGGUGGCGGGAAUCCGGUUAUUGCCGAGGAAAAUCGGCAGAACUCAUCAUUGGUGGUGGUGGGCGACGUGAAUUUGGCUCUUUCCAAGGAAAUUCGGCAGAAUUCAUCAUUGGUGGUGGUGGUGGAACAGAAUUCAUAAUUAGCGACUUUGGGUGGUGUGAAUCCAGUUAUUUCCGAGGAAAAUCGGCCGAAUUCAUCAUUAGUGGUGGAGGUGGAACAGAAUUCAUCAUUAGCGG